UCCCUGCGGUGCCACCGGGGAAGGAGCGGAGGGGGCUGUCACCAUCGGCGAGGGGCGCCGGAGGCCGGUGGUUCCGUGGUGGCGUGCCCCGGAGCCGGGGCAGGCCCGCUGCGGGUGUUCCCCUGUCCGUGUCUUUCCUCCCGGCGAUCCCGUCUCCGCCGCCCUCCCGCGGCGCCGGGAGGAACCGAAAGCGCCGGUGACCCCCGGGCCCCCGCUGCUGGGCCCGGCUGGAAAUACCCCCGGGCAGCGGGGUGCAGUGCCGAGCCGGGGCCCCCGUCCCUUCCCCGGGAAGUUCCCGUGGUUCCCCCCGGUCGCAGGCGCGGGGGAAGCCCCCGGCGCCCGCCGCCCCAGGGAGGUCUGACGCCGCGGUGGCCGGAGCGGGGGGGGGCGGCCCGGAGCGGGGGCGGCGCGUGCCGGCCGGCGCCCCGUGCCAGCCCCGGGCCGGACGCCAAGUCCCGGCCGCGGAGGCUGGGGGGUCGCCGAGCCUACGGGCUAUCCCCCCGCCCCAGCCUCUCCGGGGGCGGCCGCCCCUCACCCGCCGCUCCACUGCUUCCCGCAGCCCCAGUGACAGACGGUGCCGCCGUCCCGCAGUGCCCGCCGCGGCCUCGGAAGACCCAGCCCACACCCGCUGAUGAGCUCCAUGAACCCCAUGAAACCCUCGCUGCCGCCUGCGCCCCACGGUGAUGGUUCAUUUGCAUAUGAGGCUGUUCCUUGGCAACCAAGCACCAAUCAGCCGCCGGGAUCCCUCUCCGUGGUAACCACUGUCUGGGGUGUCAGCAACCCCUCCCAGAGCCAGGUUUUUGGCAGCCCCAUGGGCCCGGGGGGAAGCAGCUCCAGCACCCCACUGCUGCCUGGCAUGGCAGGCACCAGCUCAGGCAUGAGCUCACCGCCAUUCCUGCCACAGCAGCCCUUCGCUGAGGGGGCACCAGCAAAGGGGUACGUGCAGCCAAGUGUCUACGGGCGCAACGCCUACCCCAGCGGGCCGGGCUUCGCUGCCAGCUACAAUGGUGGCCCGAGUGGCCCUGGAGGGAUGGGGCUUCCCUCGCACGCCAGCCGGGCCACUGCUGAUUUCACCCAGGCAGCAGCAGCUGCUGCUGUGGCUGCUGCUGCUGCCACGGCCACGGCCACAGCCACGGCAACGGUGGCUGCACUGCAGGAGAAACAGAGCCAGGAGCUGAGCCAGUAUGGUGCGAUGGGCACAGGGCAGUCUUUCAGCAGCCAGUUCCUGCCCCAUGCUGGACCCCGUGGCCCCAGCAGCAUGAGCCCAGCUGGCAUGGCAGGUGUUGUGGCCCCCUCUGGUGUCUCCCCUGUGAGCAUGAGCCCAGUGCGGGCACCCGGGACUGGCCCCCUCUAUGGUGGGCAGCGAGUGCCUCAGCACACCUACCCUGGACCUCCCCAGAGCCAGCAGCUGCCCCGCCAGGGCCUCAAGCGGGCAUACUCUAAUGAGGGGUACCCAACACAGCAGUACCUCCAGGGCGGGCAGUACGCUGCAGCUGGUGCCCAGUAUGCCCCCAGCGCCCCCCAGUCCUCUGCUCCAUCCCCCUCAUACCCUGGCCACAGGCUGCAGCAGAGCAUGGGCCAGUACCUCUCCACUUCAGGCAGUGCUGGACCCUAUUACAAGCCAGCUGACCAGUUCAAUGGGCAGAGCGCCAGCUUCAGCAGCUACAACCAAGCAGCCAUCAAUGGGGUGCUGCCUCUACAGCCAGGCCGGUCACUGCCGGGGUACCCCAGCUCGCCGCUGGCCGGGAACCCCACGCCGCCCAUGACACCAGGCAGUGGCAUCCCUGCGUAUGCGUCCUCUGGUCAGGAUGUCAAGUCGCCCUUCCUGGCAGACAUGAAGCCCAGUGUUGCCCCCCUGCACCCGUCUCCUUCAGGGCCGGCCCCCGGCGAGGAGUUGCGACUGACCUUCCCGGUUCGGGACGGCGUGGUGUUGGAGCCCUUCCGCCUGCAGCACAACCUGGCUGUCAGCAACCACGUCUUCCAGCUCCGUGACUCUGUCUACAAGACCCUCAUGAUGAGGCCUGACCUGGAGCUGCAGUUCAAGUGCUACCACCAUGAGGACCGGCAGAUGAACACCAACUGGCCGGCCUCUGUGCAGGUGAGCGUCAAUGCCACGCCGCUCACCAUUGAGCGUGGUGACAACAAGACCUCCCACAAGCCACUCUACCUGAAGCACGUCUGCCAGCCCGGCAGAAACACUAUCCAGAUCACUGUCACCGCCUGCUGCUGUUCCCACCUGUUCGUCCUGCAGCUGGUGCAUCGGCCCUCGGUGCGCUCGGUGCUGCAGGGGCUCAUCAAGAAGCGCCUGCUCCCCGCUGAGCACUGCAUCACCAAAAUCAAGCGCAACUUCAGCAGUGGGACCAUCCCGGGGACACCAGGGCCCAAUGGUGAGGAUGGCGUGGAGCAGACGGCCAUCAAGGUGUCCCUCAAGUGCCCUAUCACCUUCCGGAGGAUCCAGCUUCCAGCCAGGGGUCAUGACUGUCGGCACAUACAGUGCUUUGACCUGGAGUCAUAUCUGCAGCUCAACUGCGAGAGGGGGACAUGGCGGUGUCCUGUCUGCAAUAAGACAGCCCUGCUGGAGGGGCUAGAGGUUGACCAGUACAUGCUGGGCAUUCUGAUCUACAUCCAGAAUUCAGAGCAUGAGGAGAUCACCAUUGACCCGACCUGCAGCUGGAAACCUGUCCCUAUCAAACCUGAUGUCCACAUCAAGGAGGAGCCGGAGGGGCCAGCGCUGAAGCGGUGCCGGACACUCAGUCCUUCACACAUGGUGCUGCCCAACAUCAUGGAGAUGAUAGCGGCCCUGGGGCCUGGCUCUGUGCCCUUCCCGGCAUUGUCACAACCUCCAGCGGGGGCUACCACCGACUACGGCACCCCGGGUUCCAGCUUUCUGGGUCCUGGGGGCUUCCCAGAGCCUUUUGCUGCCACUGGUGUCCCUGGCACCUCAACACUGAGUGACUUCACACCAGGCCCUUCCUCCAUCUCCUACCAGCCCAACAUCCCAGGCAGCCUUCUGGCCCCUGAGAAGCCUCCUGUGCCCCCUCUGCCUGCACAGCUUCCCCCUCCGGGACGAAUGGAGCCGUCCCACCCCGCAGUACAGACGGGGCUGCACAGCGCUCCCUCGGGCAGCCAGCCAAGCUCCACGCUGCACUCCCGGGGCGCAGUGGUACGGCAAUCCCUGGGACCCCCGGCCCACACCGCCGACCUCGUCUACCCCCCCACACCCAGCAUGGCCGUAGCGGGUGAUGGCUCGGAGGCUACCCUUGACCUCCUGCCCGAGCUGACGAAUCCUGACGAGCUGCUCUCCUACCUGGGGCCCCCCGACCUGCCCAGCAGCAGCAACGAUGACCUCCUCUCUCUCUUCGAGAAUAACUGAGCCAUCCUCGCCCCCCUCCCAGGGCUGGGGGGCAGCACUGUGUGCCCCUGCCUGCUGCAGAGCUGGGACCCCCCACAGUGGGGGCUUUCUCAAAGGGCUGCGAUGGGACAGAGGGGCUGAGCCCCCCCAGAAGCACAAGGCUGUACAUAGUGUAGAAACACUACUGCUCCCCCGAGACUCCCCAUAUUUAAAGGCAAGUGUGUCACUGUGGGGCUGCCCGUGCCCCCGUAUCAAUGUGCAAAUGCUGCUGCCCUUUGUACCGCACGGGUCUGGUGUGGGGUGCAGAGCUCAGCUCCCACUGCCCCCGCGCCGAGUUGCCCUGUAUGUCCCCGAUGGCUAUUAAAGGAUCCUUCUGCAGGGUCUCGUGUGUCCCCCCA